UCAAAUAAUAGGCUAUUGUCAGAACUGUCAUAUUGAACGAGUCACAAUUGUGUGCGUAGACAAAUGAAUACACAAAAAAGGAACAUUGUCUGUUAUGUAUUGUAAAGAAUGUUUUCUUCCUUUUUGAACUGUAUAAGCAAUGCAAUUCCAGCUGCAGGUCCAGAUGUGCUGAAAAUUUGUUUGCUAAAACAUUACCAGAAGCAGUCGUCGAGCGGUGACAAUUACUCAAUGAGCGAUACUUCAUCUUCCUCCCAGAAAUAAGACUGAAUACAACAACAUGCGUAUCAUCUCUGUUUUUAUAAUAAUGUUAAGAAGUGGGUUUUGUCACAAAUCUGGAGAUGUAAACCUUUCUAAAGUCCAGCGUGGAUCUGAUGUCUCUUUGAGAUGUGACGUCCCUUUCCUGUCUGAAUCCUCCACAUUACACUGGGAGAAAGAUGGAGAACAAACAUCCAACACCACACUGAUGUACAACAACUCUGCCUUCAUCAUCUUACACACCGUUGAUGAACACAGUAAAGGGAAUUAUUACUGUAUUCUGACCAAAGAAGGAAGUGUAGAAACUGUUAAGAGACACACACUUACUAUUGCUUCAAAUUCAUACAAUGAGAAAUCAAAAGCUUUUCUCAUUUACAGACAAAGCUCCAGUAACAGUGAAGUAUUACUGAUCUGUAAAUCUAGAAAGGUAUAUGAGAACUUGAAGUGGACCUGGGCACCGAGGCCUGAUUCACAGAUUGAUCUGAUAGCUUUUAAACACAGAAAACAAGUUCAGUUAAAAGGACCAAUUAAACCGGGGAGACGUUCUUCAAAGGAAUACGACAGUCAAGCUUUGAUCUUUCACGUCUCACCUGUGAAGUUCAAUUACAGUGGGACAUACAGGUGUAUUACAGAAACAACCACCUACACAACAAUCAUACUACACACCAUCAGAGUGUCAGUGGAGCCCUCUGAUGGUGUGUUGAUGAAUCAGUCAGUGGUUUUUACCUGUCAGCUUUCUGAAGUAACUGGUUCAGUGACGCUGGUCUGGCUCAGGAUGGAGGGAAACAGAGGAGUGCUGGUCAAACAGCAAAUGAUGACUGAAAAAAACCAAAAGUUACAACUCACAGUGAAUGUCUCCAGCUAUGAAUCAGACCUGAUGAACUGGCAGUGUGCAGUUUUUACAGAGAAUACACUCAGAGCUCUGGCCCCUGUGACCAACUACAGUCUUACCUCAACAGCUACAAAUGAACCAGACAUAUCAACAGAAACCUCAACUGGAACAAACAAAGAAGACAGCGUGACACAGGACAGUCAUCCACAGAUCGCGAUCAGCGUGGCUUGUGCUGUCAGUGUGCUGAUUCUGCUGGGGCUUCUAGUUUUUACAUGUCAGCGAAAAACAGGUCACAUCGCUGGGUUAAAAUCAGAAGAAGAUGAGGAGAUCCAUUAUGCUUCAGUGACAGUGGCCGGAUCUAAUCAGGGAACUGACAGCUGGUUAAAAAUGAAACAAGCAAGUUCAGAGGUCUGCUGUCAAACACCUUGUUUCACAAAUAUCUUAGAUUGUCAUCCAGAUUUGAUGCAUGGUAUAUAUGUUUGUGCUACAGUAAGCACAAUCUUAUAUUUCUCAAUUUUCAGGCGCUGGACAGAAAAUCUGAAGUCAUCUACUCAGAGAUUAAAGCAAAGUGAACAUUGCCACUGGAAGCUUCAUACAUUGUAUAUACUUAUUACUGCAUAUACAGCAUUAUUGUGGUAUAUUAAAGCAUUAGACUAUAGCAAAGUAUUACAUCUUCUGUGCUCUGUCUGUAAGCAAGGGGUCUCUGGGUUUCACUUGCAUUGAAAACACAACUGCAACACCAACAUAAACAUAAAGAGAUCAAUAUGCUCUCAUACUAGAAAAAACCUCAGUGUGGUUUCAUGACACGCAACUGUGUUAAAGAACGGUGAACGGUGUUUCCUGGAAUGGAACAAGAUAAGAUGAUUAAGUUUUGG